AUGGACAGCAAAAAAGAGCCAGCAUCCCCGGUCUCUCCUCUGAAACCAUCUGAUGGUCCCCCCGAAUCUCCUACCACAGCACGCCCUUUAGACUUCGACAGCGAUCAAGAAGGUGGUCUGUCCACUCCUACAGGCAUGAAGUCCGAAGGCGCACCGCAUCCACCGCCAAAAGAUGAGGUUCCUCCAGCGAAACCACCUCGCCCAGUCAGCGCUCGAGAGCAAGCCGAGACCACGUUGCGAGAGGCGUUCCCUGGCAUCGAUGCCAGUGUUAUCAAGGCUGUCCUAACUGCCAGUGGCGGCCAAGUCGAACCUGCUUUCAACGCUCUGCUGGGCAUGUCAGAUCCCGAUGCUGCUCGAGAACCAGACCCCCCGGCUCAGCCUCCACGUCCACCACGUCCGGCUCAAGCACCGCAAAACCAAAUGGACGCCGACGAACAAUAUGCGAGACAAUUACAAGAACACUACAGCAACGCCGCGCCUAGGCAGUCUAGUGGCAGAGGCUACAAUGAACACCUUCAAGGCUCGAGAGUUGGCCGGCCAGGUUCGAAUCCUAACCCAGACGACGCUCCGUGGAGAAGUUUUAUAGAUGAUGACCUGCCGGAGAUCAGGGACAACAUUCGCCAAGGCUUCUUCGAGACACAAAAGACCGUCAACAGCUGGAUCACUUCAUUCAAGAAAAAGCUGGACGGCGAGGACGAAGACCAAGAUUACAACCAGCCUCCUCCACGUCAGAGCCAGCCAUAUAGUCGGACAGGAAGUCAGCCGCAAGGUCGUCAGUCUGCAGAGAUGAGAAGAAGCGCAGACAUGUCGAGAUAUGACGCCGACCCACAGGUCAUUGGAGAUGAUUUCUCGAAACUCGGACUGCGAGACGGCGAGGCACCUCCACGCACAUCCAGCAGACCUCUGGCCAAUCCGAAUCUGUUCAGGUCGGACGGUCUCCCAAGAAAGUCUCCUACAGGAAGUGGACGCAAAGUGUCCUUCCAGGAUGGACCACCUGAAGAGAUUGGUGAUAUGUACACCGGCGACAAGACCGCAGCAUCCACUACGCAGGCACCGACCUCUGCAGCGAAGCAGAGCAAGUGGCAGCCACUUUCGCAAGUCGAGCCCUCUCCUGUUGACAAUGACCCCUUCAGCCUCGGAGACAGUGAUGAAGAGAAAGAUGCCAAGCCGAUCACUCUCCAGGAUGACGAUGCUUCCCCGGAGGCCAAAGUCGAUGAGGCUGCUACGAAGAAGGAUGGUGCCAAAUGA